CUGAUAAGGAGAGGUAAGAAGAAAUGUUCUGCCCGAGAGAUUUCAGUCUUUUCAUCACAUGUGUGAUUCUCUUCAUCAUCCAGUCUGGUCAUGGUUCUGAGAUUAUUGGAGGGAAAGAAGUCAAGCCACACUCGCUGCCUUUUAUGGCUCUGCUGGAGCGUGAUGGACCAAUGUGUGGAGGAAUAUUAAUUGAUCCAACAUGGGUCCUGACUGCUGCUCACUGUCCGAAUAUAAGUACGGUGAUCUUGGGAGUGCAUUCCAUCGAGAAAAAGAAAAAGAAAGAGACACGUUUAAGGCAGGUCCGAAAGGUUCAGAAAUGUGUUCAUCAUCCCAGCUUUUCUAAAGACAAAAAAGUCAAUGACCUCAUGUUGCUGAAG